AUGCCCGAUAACAUUCCACGGAGUCAACUACGCCGUCACGACCAUAGUUCGCUCCAACUACCAUGUAGAAGUUGUCCAAGGUGGUUCAAAACUAUCGCCGGGCGAACAAAACAUCGCAUUUCAGCACAUCCCAUCCCGCCAGUACUACCUCAGGACAACCACAAACGCUCUCCGGAACCCAUCAUACCAGAGUCCCGUCUGCCAAGCCCACAGCCUCAUGUCGACCACAAUAUCGACAUGGAUGUGGAUGAAGGAUAUGCCGACUUGGAGCACCAACAUCAACCAUCGCCUCAACCAAACAUUGAUAUGGAAUUUGUUGAGCCUGGGGAUCACCUGUAUCAAAACUAUCAUACAGGUCUCAAUGCCAGACCAUGCAACAUGGAUGGUAUAUUCCUCCUCCCUGGCACUCAGCCCCCACCUUUGGAGAACGUAGCAACUGGCGACUGGACACCCUUUUGCAAUCGUACAGAAUUCGAAAUGGCAGAGUUCCUGUAUACACAAAAUCAGAUGCCGGCAGGUCAAAUCAACCGGUUGCUGGAUUUAUGGGCGUCUACCCUUGCGAAACAUGGUGACAAGCCGCCAUUCGCAGAUCAUCGUGAUCUGUACAACAUCAUCGAUAAUUCACCAUUUGGGGACGUGAAUUGGCAAAAUUUUACAGUAACUUACGAUGGUGAGAGACCUGAAGAUGGUACCAAGCCGUGGAUGGAUGACAAAUACGAAGUCUGGUUUCGUGACCCACAUGAAGUCGUGCGCAAUAUGCUUGCAAAUCCAACAUAUGCCAGUGAAGUAGACUACUGCCCCUAUCGAGAAUAUUCAACCGAGGGCGACAAGCGCCAGUGGAAGGAUUUUAUGUCUGGUGACUGGGCAUGGGAUCAGGCAGAUGAAAUAGCUAAGGACCCGAGCAUGCUCGGCUCUACAUUUGUCCCUGUCAUCCUUGGCAGUGACAAAAUGACAGUUUCAGUCGGGACAGGUAAUAAUGAGUAUUAUCCGCUAUACGCCUCAAUUGGGAACAUUCGCAACAAUGUUCAACGAGCCCAUCGUGAUGGAGUAGCAGUCAUUGGCUUCCUUGCUAUGCCGAAAACUACAAAGGAACAUGCUACCGAGGCAGUGUUCCGAAAAUUCCGUCGACAGCUGUUCCAUUCGUCACUCUCCAAGAUUCUCAACACGCUGAAACCAGGCAUGACAACCCCCGAAGUCACUCGUUUUGGAGACGGUCACUACCGUCGGGUUAUAUACGGACUAGGGCCAUACAUAGCAGAUUAUGAGGAGCAAGCGCUGUUAGCAUGUAUCGUGCGUGGUUGGUGCCCUAAAUGUAUGGCAUCUCGUGAGGAUCUCGACGAAGAUGUGUUACGUCGUUGUCGCGAAUACACAGAAGCACUCGUUCAAGAAGGUUCCUUAGGUGACCUGUGGGAUGACUUUGGAAUAGUUGGGGAACUUGUAGCAUUUACGAAUGACUUCCCCAGAGCUGACAUCCAUCAGAUGAUCUCACCGGAUAUUCUCCAUCAACUCGUCAAAGGAGCAUUCAAGGACCACCUCGUCGAAUGGGUCGAGAAAUACCUCAGACACACGCAUACGAAACGAAAGGCGGAUCAAAUUAUGGAUGAUAUUGAUUGCAGAAUUGCCGCUGUCGCCUCAUUUUCAGGCUUGAGACGAUUUCCUCAGGGACGUGGCUUCAAGCAAUGGACAGGAGAUGAUUCGAAGGCCCUGAUGAAGGUCUACUUGCCUGCCAUCGAGGGUCAUGUACCCGUAGAUGUCGUGCGCACCUUUCGUGCACUUCUCGAAUUUUGUUACCUAGUCCGUCGUAACAUAAUCACAGAAGACACUCUAGUCGAAAUCGAAGACGCUCUCUCACGCUUUCACCAUUACCGUAACAUCUUCAGGACGACAGGAGUGGUUCCUACCUUUUCCCUACCUCCACGAGCUGACUUCACACGUCGGGGAAUGUUAACUGGUACUUGCCUCUCAGUAACUAUGGAUGCCUUGGCACCAGCACCAGCACCUCUGCUGAUCGGCAUCGAUGAGGACCUGGAAAUUGAUGAUGGUCCGACAGUUCUACAAGCUUAUGUCCAGCUGGCGAAAACACGCCAGGGCAAAAAACGUGCUCAAACUAUUCCUGCACUUGCCGAAGAACUCAAUAUUCCUAGUCUACCUGACCUCCUCAGACGCUUCUUAUUCCAACAGUUGCAUCCUAAAGAUCCUCGCGACCCAUCUAAUAUACCCCUCGCCGAAUGUCCCCUCUAUCUUAGCAAAAUCUCGGUCUUCAAUUCCGCAUCAUCACGAUUCUAUGCGCCGAGUGAUUUGAGCGGGAUCGGUGGUAUGCGUGUUGAACACAUUCGUUCUUGCCCCAUCUGGCGGAACGAGUACCAGCGCCAUGACUGUGUUUUCAUCAACACAGACUCCAGUUUGCCUGGCAUGCAAGGCCUCGAAGUCGCCCGUGUUCGUGCAUUUUUCUCAUUCAGGUACCAGGGCAGGUUAUAUCCCUGCACUCUAAUAAGCUGGUUCGACAAAGUUGGUGACGCCCCAGAUGAAGAUACAGGAAUGUGGAUAGUUCGUCCUGGAUUUGGAGCAGACAGUGCUCCAGGGUACGCGGUCAUUCAUAUUGACUCUAUUUAUCGUGCUGCACAUCUUAUUCCCAUGUAUGGCGUGCAAUUUGUGCCCUGGGAGCUCAAAUUUUAUCAUUCAUAUGACGCAUUUCAAGCCUACUAUGUGAACAAAUACACUGAUCACCAUGCAUUCGAGAUUGCAUUUUGA